AACACCCCAAACUUGACACCAUGAAGAUCCCAGUUCUUGCUGCUGUGGUUCUUCUGUCUCUCCUGGCGUUCCAUUCUGCUCAGGGGGCUGCCCUGGGCAGUUCUGAGGAAGGAAUCACCGUUGUGCCAGGACCCGACGAGGCCACUCAUGCCCAGUUCCUGAACGUUGACAAGUUGCGAUCUGUUUUGGAGGGGAAUGAUUUCCUGAACUGGCACGCCCUCGUAGAGUCUGUCAAAAGGAAACUUCCUUUCCUCAACUGGGAUGCUUUUCCUAAGCUGAGAGGAAUGAGCCGUGCAGCUGCCGAUGCCCAAUGACCAGCCCCUUCGAGACCCAGCACUGCUGAUACCACUGAAAGAGGGGGCCAGUGUGGGAUCUGAUCACCUUCCUAUCUAGGAUCACUCUUUGCUGCCUCAGUAACUCCAAUAAAAUGUUUUCCAAACAAA